UAGUGUUUAUUGCUGUUUAAGUCUUUUAAGUGUUUAUUGAUUUAUUGCAGCCUUGCUGGUUGCUGUUUAAGUGUUUAAGUAUUUCUUGCUGGUUGCUGUUUAAGUGUUUGUUGCUGUUUAAGUGUUUACUGAUUGCUCCCUUGCUGGUUAUAGAUUUAUUUUUCAGUUUAUUGCUGGAUGCUGGUUAUUGAAUGUGAAGCAUAUUGCAAAAUUUAUGUGCUAUUUCAGGGUGAUGGAGCCCUUAUUGCAUGGAGACUAUCCCACUUCCAUGAAGAAAAUUGCAGGCGAAAGAAUUCCAACCUUCACAGAUCGUGAAUCAAAACUAGUUAAGGGUUCAUAUGACUUCAUAGGUUUAAUUCACUACACAAAUAUUAAUAUCACAGACAAUUCCUUGGUUCUGGAGAGCAAUCUGAGAGAUUUCAGUGCAGAUAUGGCCGUGCUCAUGAAUGGAUCUGAUUUGUUUGCAAAUGCUGAGGUUGGUUUGCAUUAAGAAGUUUAGCUAUUUUGUUGGAGAAGACAUCAUAACUUUGCUAUCAGUUUAAUGAUGAUUUAUUUUUAUUUUCAGUUGUGUUGACUGUUGAACUAUUGAACUUCUUUAAUUGUCGUAUUUGAAUUCUAUUGUCGUUAAAUUUCAUUAGAU